AUGUUUGAAAAGCCUACCCCGAAAUCCCCUUCCAACAAACGCCAGUCCCUCCCCGCCGCCCGCGCCCCCGCUCACUCUCGCCGCUCCAGUAUCCAGAACGUCGGUUCCAUCCAAGCCGGCCCUCGCUUCGUCGCUGAAGGCGAGGAAGAAGGCGAAGCGUCCAUGGAUAUGGACGACACAGCCUCGGAACAAUCGGACAGCUCGGACGAGGACGGCGCGCAUGUCGAGGAGGCGCAGCCAGGGGAUGAGGAUAGCGAUGCGGAGGGAGAGAUGGAUAUGGAGGUGACACAGGUGGUAUACGGGGGAAUUAUGGACCGGCGGACGUCUAUGGCUGCCAGCGAGGCGUCGGAGGGGGAUUCGCUCAUCUCCACUGGAGGAGAGGACCAAACGGUCGACUUCACCAUCGCGGUCGGAGGGCUCAUGCCUCACUCUCCGCCCAUCGAAGGCGCUGCCAACCUCCGCGCAUCUAUCGGAUAUGCCGCGCCCCAGUCCCCUGAAAUGGGCUCGGUUCCGUCGUUACGGUCUCGUCCGGGUCAACAAGGCGAAGAGGACGAGAUGGCGAUGGAGGAGACGAUUGCUAUCGGCGGGAUCAUCGGCGCAGACGAUACAAUGUCAACCGCCUCGAGCGCGGGGAACGACACCAUCGCGAACAGGGAGAGGACUAUGACUUUCUCUUUCACUCCCGUCGGCGGAGCGCUUCAGGAGGAAGAGGACGAAAGGAUGGACAUGACUGUCGCGAUAGGCGGAGUCAUGGGUCGGGAUGCUACCCUGCACGCUGGGCCUCGGGCGUCCAUGUCCAGCUCGCCUUUCCGGCCCAUCACGCGCCCUUCGGCAGGUACGCCCUCGUUUGCCCGUCCGACCGUCGCUUCGGCUACCAAGACCAAGCGGAAUAUCUUUGGACCGUCCCCUUCGCCCGCCAAAGCGGCGACGCCACGGAAGAGCGGGAUGGAGACUGCCGGAGAGGUCGCCAAGCGGCUCAGCUUUGGCUCGAAUGCUAGUGCGUCGGGAUCGGGGAGCAGGAAGCGCGCUCGGUCGGCGUCGGUCGGUGAGGAUGGGCUGGGCAUGAGUCCGAGCAAGAAGAGAGUGGUGUUGAACGAGAAUGUGUUCACGGAGGAGCUGGUCACAGUACAGCACGUGGAGGUACAGGUGGAGAUGGACGUUCAGGUGGAACGGGAGGUCUACCACCAGCAAGAGCCAGCGCCGCAGCCGAGAAGAGAGAUGGGGACGCCUCGGAAAUCCCUAUCGGCGCCGUCGUUCCGCUCGUCCGGUAUGCCCAGCAAGUCACCCGCCAAAUCGCCCAUGCUCCGCCGGAUGCUCGGUCAUACGGAGGUGGAUGAGGAGGAGGAUGUCGAUGCUGGAUUGGGGGCGGAGGAGGUCGAUGACGCCGAGUUCGAGCCGCCGACUAUCACCUUGGGGUCAUUCCUCGAAAUGGCGGGAGUGCAGUUUAUCGAGGCUCUGCCAGCUGGGCGGAGGCGCAGUAGUGUGGGCAAGGGCGUGCUUGGAAGAGGCGUGAUAGGAGACCGAGAGUUCGCGCUACACGACUAUACCGCCGCCCAAGUCAACAAUGUCUUGUUGAACAUGUACAACUGGGCCGCCAACCGAAUGAAGGCCGACAUCACCGAUUCAGCUGCGGCGCUCGCUCAGACCGAGACGGACUGCUCGGUGCACAACCCGCCCGUCAUCCGGGAAUACCUCUCUGCAGGAGACGACGAGAAGAAGAUAUUCGAGAUGACCUUCAAGGCGUUCAAGACGAAUACGCAGCUGAGGGCUCGGGAACGGUGGUAUGAUUGGAAGAUGGAUUUGAUGGCUAGGGUGCGGCCGGAUGUGGAGGAGGUGUUGGAGGCGAUGCGGGAGGAUAAAGCGAGGCUGGACGAAAUGGAAGGUCAGAGCAGUGGGCUCUUGCCUGAACUCCGAGCGAGGCAGGCUGCGCUGGCAGAAGAGCUGCAGAGGGAACGAGAGGCAGUAGCGGAGCUGGCGGGAUGUGAUCAGGAUGAGCUGAAGGAGUUGCGGGAGGCGAUCAGCGAGCAAGGGCAAAUCAAGGUGCUUUCGUCCGAGCUGUCCGAGUCGGCUACACACCUCGAAAAGCUCGAGCUCAAUCUUGCGGAUCUGCACGCGCGGCGGACCGAGGCCGUGGGUGCUAUCACGAUCGCCAAGGGGAUGUGUGAUCAAUUCACCAAGGGUGAUGUGCUUCGUCUUCAAGACGAAUACAAAUCCCUCCAGUCCCUCCACCUAUGGCGGCCGACUCUUAUGACCCCUACCUCCCUCAGCCUUACAUACGACGCAGAAAUUCAGCUCAGCAUGGCCUGUGUCGACUCCCUGCCUGACAUCUCCACAGCUCGAAUCACCCGGCUUCCGCUGGACGAAGGGGCCAAAGUGGGCAGGGCGGUCGGGUAUGCGUGGAAGGGGCGAGGGGAGAGCCCGACAAUUGGGCUGUUUAGGCUGUUUGAGGGGGCUGUGGGUAUGCUGGCCGGUGUCGAGGGGCAACACAUCAGCACGUUCAUACAGCGUGUCGGUCAACUCUGGUCUGCGGCCCAACGGAUCCGACAAGAACUCCGCCUCGUCCACGUCCAAUACCCUACCGUCUUCACAUCCACCUCGUCCCCCGCCGAUCCUACCGAUAUUCGGUUUCAAUCAUCGACAACCCUCAUGUUCCCCGCUAGCAGGAGCAAGGUCCAGCUUGUUGCGUCGUUUGAUAUCGCCACGAUCAUGCGGUGGCCGGAGUGCGUGGGUGAGGUGGAUGUCACGGUGAAGAGCGUGUAUGGAACCGCCGAUGAGGUCAGCUUGACGGAAGUGGCGAGGCGGACUGUGGGGAUGGCGGUCUCGGAGGGAUAUCUGGGGUAUUUGCUGCAGGCAUGCGUGGAUGUCAGCGAGGUACAGUAG